CAAAUACUUAAUACUUUGACAUCUCUAGUUCUCUGGUCUAACUAUAUAAUUAAUUAAAAUGUUAAGGAAUAAAUACUGGAAUAUUAACUGCUUUAAUUAUAUAAGACAAUUUUCUUCUAAAUCAGAACAAAAAUUGGAAAGUUUUCAUGACAAGCCCGAUCCUCAUUUGAUUAAAUAUGAUUACAUAGGACCCCCAGAUAAGGAAUCAAAUUUACGUCCAUACGUUCGUUGCAUUACAGAAAAUGAAAGUUGCCUUGCUAUGCUGCUAAGAACAAAACGAAUAGAAGUUGAAGAAUGGAACCAGUCAUUUUGGUCAAAGCACAAUAAAAGGUUUUAUGAGGAAAAAUAUGACUUUAUUAGAUUGCGCAAUCUGUCUGGAAUUCAUGAUAUUUCCGCUGACAAGAUGAGUGAAUUUUAUAAAUCAUUUUUGGAUAAAAAUAGAAGAGUACAUAUUUUAUAUAAUAUUUCGUGGUAUUUAAAAAAUUUGGAAAUUUUGAUGCUCGCUUUACAGGUUUCAGUUCAAAAUGUUGUUAAAAAGUUAAAAACUAAAUAAAAAAAUAUUUUUUUUCA